AUGAACAAAAUCUUGAUCGCCCUUACUAUAUUAGGACUUUGUGCUGCUGCUAACUUCAAAUGCACAGCUGAAAUGAAGACUGCCAAAUUCUGCACUAGAGAAUAUAUGCCUGUUUGCGGUAUUAAGAUGACUGAAAAGGGAAGCUCUAAGUACAGCUCUAUCAAGAAUACUUAUGCUAACAAGUGCACUGCUUGUGUUGAAGAAGGAGUUGAAUUUUAUGCUGUAGGCAGCUGUGAAGAAUAUCCUAAAAAUGCUACUUUUUGCCACCCUGAAGCUCAUUUGGAUUUAGCUUGUACCAGAGAAUUCUUCCCUACUUGUGGUUUAUUUGAUGAUUCAAUUACCUGUACUAAAGGUCCUUGUGGUUCAAACUUUAGCAAUAAAUGCAUGGCCUGUAUCAAUGAGCACGUUUCUUACUUUUUGACUGGUUAUUGCAAUCACUAAGAAUAAUACUAAUAAUGA